CCCACCAAAACGCUCGCGCUGGCCCUCCAACUUCCUCUCUCGCUUGACCACGCCCCCUCCUUCUCGGCCAAUCCCGACAUGGAGCCCAUCAAGGUCCAAUCAGAAGGCGGCCUGAACGUGACGCUGACCAUCCGGCUGCUCAUGCACGGGAAGGAGGUUGGGAGCAUCAUAGGAAAGAAAGGAGAGACGGUGAAGAAAAUGCGCGAAGAUAGCGGAGCCCGCAUCAACAUCUCGGAGGGGAACUGUCCCGAGCGGAUAGUGACCAUCACCGGGCCCACGGACGCCAUCUUCAAGGCCUUCGCCAUGAUCGCGUACAAGUUCGAGGAGGACAUCAUCAACUCCAUGAGCAACAGUCCAGCCACCAGUAAGCCCCCGGUCACCCUCCGGCUGGUGGUCCCGGCCAGUCAGUGCGGCUCGCUGAUCGGUAAAGGAGGCUCCAAAAUCAAGGAGAUGAGAGAGUCCACCGGCGCUCAGGUCCAGGUGGCAGGAGACAUGCUCCCAAACUCCACCGAGAGGGCCGUGACCAUCUCGGGGGCGCCGGAGGCCAUCAUCCAGUGUGUCAAACAGAUAUGUGUGGUGAUGCUGGAGUCCCCACCGAAAGGUGCCACCAUCCCUUACCGCCCCAAGCCUGCCUCCACCCCUGUCAUUUUUUCAGGUGGCCAGGUAAGAGCAGACCCUCUGGGGGCGUCCACAGCCAACCUCAGCCUCUUACUGCAGCACCAGCCACUGCCUGCUUACACCAUUCAAGGACAGUACGCCAUCCCACAUCCAGAUCAGUUGAGCAAGCUCCACCAGUUGGCUAUGCAGCAAACCCCCUUUACCCCCCUCGGACAGACCACCCCUGCCUUCCCCGCAGCAGGUCUGGAUGCCAGUAACCAGGCCAGUACUCAUGAACUCACCAUUCCCAAUGAUCUAAUAGGCUGCAUAAUCGGACGCCAGGGAACCAAAAUCAACGAGAUCCGUCAGAUGUCUGGGGCGCAGAUCAAAAUUGCUAACGCCAUGGAAGGGUCAUCGGAGCGCCAGAUCACCAUCACAGGGACCCCCGCCAACAUCAGCCUGGCCCAGUACCUCAUCAAUGCAAGGUUCAGAGACGUGGCGGCCAUGUGGAACGACCCAUCUUCCAUGACCACAUCCUGAGAUCCCUGCCUGGCUCCUCCGUUUGGCCCUCUCCAGUGACUGACCACCGCAGAC